AUGACGCUUUCUCUACAGACACCAGUUGACUGCCCUGUCUGCCACAAAGUUAUAAGCCGCAAGGCAGAUCUUCCUAGACAUAUGCGUACGCACGAUGAACACAAGGAGGCUCUUAUGCACGCAUGUCCAUUCCCUGAUUGCCAUUACAAGACCCUCCAAAAGUCCAACGUGCAGACGCACAUCAGGACCCACACCCGUGAACGCUCGAAGACGUGCCCUCACCCUGGAUGCGCGUUUGCCACUACCGAUCCAGCAAGCUUGACACGUCACCGCAAG